AUCUGCUGCUGGGCGCUCGCGGGCUGCGGGGCGGCCCCAGCCGGCGGACCCGCCCCCGGCCCCCCGCUGCCGCCUCCCUGCCAGGAGAACGAUUACCACUUCGAAUACACAGAAUGCGACAGCAGAGGUUCCAGGUGGAGAGUAGCUGUUCCAAACCCCGCGGCGGACUGCCUGGGACUGCCGGACCCCGUGAGAGGGAAGGAAUGCACCUUCUCCUGUGCAGCUGGAGAAUACCUGGAGAUGAAGAACCAGGUGUGCAGCAAAUGUGAAGCGGGCACCUACUCCCUGGGGAGCGGCAUCAAAUUUGAUGAAUGGGAUGAGCUGCCGGCAGGAUUUUCCAACGUUGCCACCUUCAUGGACACUGCAUUGAGCUCGGCGGAGAACAAGCAGGACAGUUGUGACAACUCGUCUUGGAUUCCUCAUGGCAGUUACAUCGAGUCAAACCGUGAUGACUGUACCGUAGCUUUGAUCUAUGCCGUGCACCUUAAAAAAUCGGGUUAUGUCUUCUUCGAAUACCAGUACAUUGACAACAACAUCUUCUUCGAGUUCUUUAUUCAGAAUGACCAGUGCCAGGAGAUGGACUCCACGACAGACAAGUGGGUGAAACUGACGGACAACGGAGAGUGGGGGGCCCAUUCGGUAUCCUUGAAAUCGGGAACCAAUAUAUUGUACUGGAGAACCACUGGCAUCCUUAUGGGUUCGAAAGUGGUGAAGCCUGUGCUAGUGAAGAAUAUCACCAUCGAAGGUGUUGCAUACACAUCAGAGUGCUUUCCAUGCAAACCCGGCACAUUCAGUGACAAACCGGGUUCCUGGAAUUGCCAGGAAUGCCCAAGGAACACCUACUCAGAGAAAGGAGCCAAGGAAUGCACAAAAUGCCAGGAUGGCAUCCAGUUCGCAGAUGAAGGAUCCAGCCAGUGCACAGACCGCCCUCCUUGCACCCCGAAAGACUUCUUUCAGAUCCACACGCCGUGUGAUGCUGAAGGAAAGACUCAGAUCAUGUACAAGUGGAUUGAACCCAAGACCUGCCGGGAAGACCUCCCUGAGGCGAUGAAGCUACCGCCUUCUGGAGAGAAGAAGGAAUGUCCACCUUGCAACCCCGGCUUUUAUAACAAUGGGACGUCAUCCUGCAGCCCCUGCCCAUCCGGAACAUUUUCAGAUGGGACUCAUGAAUGCAAGGCAUGUCCAGCGGGCACAGAGCCCGCGCUGGGAUUCGAAUAUAAGUGGUGGAACAUCCUGCCUGCCAACAUGAAAACGUCUUGCUUCAACGUGGGAAACUCCAAGUGCGAUGGAAUGAAUGGUUGGGAGGUGGCAGGUGAUCACAUCCAAAGUGGGUCAGGAGGCUCCGAUAAUGAUUACCUCAUCUUAAACUUGCAUAUCCCAGGAUUCAAACCUCCAACAUCCAUGACAGGGGCCACGGGUUCUGAACUAGGAAGAGUAACCUUUAUAUUUGAGACCAUCUGUUCAGCUGACUGUGUGCUCUACUUCAUGGUGGAUGUUAACAGGAAAAAUACCAACGUGGUGGAGUCGUGGGGGGGAACCAAAGAGAAACAGUCUUACACCCACAUCAUCUCCAAGAAUGCAACUUUCACCUUUACGUGGGCCUUCCAGAGGACAAAUCAGGGCCAAGACAGCAGACGCCUGCUAAAUGACAUGGUGAAGAUCUACUCCAUCGCUGCCACAAACGCCGCUGACGGAGUAGCCUCAACCUGCCGCACCUGUGCCCUGGGUUCGGAACAGUCUGGCUCUUCUUGUGUGCCCUGCCCUGUCGGCCACUUCAUUGAGAAAGAAACCAACCAGUGCAGGGAAUGCCCCCCGGAUACCUACCUAUCUGUUCACCAGAUCUACGGCCAAGAGGCUUGCUUCCCCUGUGGCCCGGGCAGCAAAAGCACCCCGGACCAUUCAUUUUGCUUCAGUGACUGCCUCUUCUCUUAUGUCAAAGAAAACCAGAGUUUGAAUUAUGACUUUAGCAACCUCAGCAACACUGGCUCACUAAUGAACGGCCCCAGUUUCACAUCCAGAGGGACCAAAUACUUCCAUUUGUUCAACAUUAGCUUAUGUGGACAUGAGGGGAGGAAGAUGGCUGUGUGUACAAAUAACAUAACCGAUAUCACAGUAAAGGAAAUGGGAACGGAGUCCGAAGAUUUUACCAAAUUUGUUGGCGCUUUUGUGUGCCAGUCAACCAUCAUUCCCUCUGAGAGCAAGGGCUUCCGGACAGCGCUGUCAACUCAGUCCAUCAGCCUUGCGGAUACGUUUUUAGGAGCAACUGCGGAAACCACACUGCAGAACAUCAAUGUGAAGGAAGAAAUGUUUCCUUCUCCACCGAGACCAAUACCUGACAUCCAUUUCUUCUACAAGUCUUCCGUGACUACGGCAUCUUGUGAAAAUGGACGUUCCACUGUGGUGACGGUGAGGUGUGAACCCACCCGACCAGGACAAGGCUUGAUUUCAGUUUCCAGCCUGUGUCCGGCUGGCACCUGUGAUGGCUGCACCUUUUACUUCCUGUGGGAGAGUGCAGAAGCCUGUCCUCUGUGCACUGAGCACGACUACCACGAGAUUGAAGGAGCUUGUAAGAAGGGAGUUCAGGAAACCCUGUAUGUUUGGAAUGAGCCAAAACAGUGCAUUAGAGGCAUUUCCUUGCCAGAGAAGAAGCUGACAGCCUGUGAAACAGUUGACUUUUGGCUAAAAGUCGGGGCUGGAUUGGGGGCUUUUAUGGCGGUGUUGCUUGUGGCUUUAACCUGCUACUUCUGGAAGAAGAAUCAAAAGCUAGAGUAUAAAUAUUCCAAAUUAGUGAUGACGGCUAACUCAAAAGAAUGCGAACUUCCAGCUGCAGACAGCUGUGCCAUCAUGGAAGGAGAAGACAAUGAAGAGGAAGUUGUCUAUUCCAAUAAGCAGUCACUAUUGGGAAAGCUCAAAUCCUUGGCAACAAAGGAAAAAGAAGAUCAUUUUGAGUCCGUACAACUGAAAUCCUCAAGAUCCCAAAAUAUAUGAAGAUGCAGUUCCAUCUUCAGACAAACAUAGAAAGAAAUCUGUGUUCUGUUUUUUGCAGGAACACAUUUUUAAGCCUAUCGUGGCCCACAUCACAUUGGUGAUACCUGGAAGGAAUGCUGAGCCGUUUAGUGGGGGGAAAGGGGAAGAGGAGGAGGUGAGGUGGUUAGAGAGCUUGGUUGCCUUAUCACGCGGUCGAGUACCUUGCCAAAAAAGGAAAGCGGGCAGUUGGUUCCUGAAUUGGUGGUAAAGUUCAACUCAGGAAGAGAUAUACAUAUAUAAAUAUAAUGGAAAUGACAUUUAUGCCAACUUGUGCGCGGCCGAUGCAUGCCAUUGUAACUUAUUGGUAGCUUUCAACCAUUGCAUACAUGAGAACUGCGGUUUGGUGUAUGAAUGUGUGUGUGUGUGUGUGUGUGUGUGUGUGUGCGCGCGUGUGCGUGUGUGGAUGCAUGUAAUUCCAGGGCAUUUUUUUCUCCUUUAAUUUUGGGGGAAGACUUGCAAUUUAUGUAAGGUACCAUCCUUUUUUUAAAAAAAAAAAUACGUUUGAAAACAGUUUUGAUUCAAAAUGCUAAGCAGGUCAAGAAGAACCUAAUGAGUUUUUCCUUGAAAUUAAAACAAAUCUGAGUUCUCAAGUGCUAGGAAGGCUGGGUUUUUGCUCAGACCCCUGUGGUUCCCUAAUGCAUUUACUUCUCAGGAGUUCCAUUCUGGGUGGAACUUAUGAUGUCCUAGCAACCAGGCAGGAAAUGCCCAACCGAAAAUGUGGGGGAGACUCUUUAGAGAGAAAAGAAGAAGCAAUCCAUAGUUACCUCCUUCCCACCUCCAAGUGUAUGAAAAGGAAAGUCAAAGAAUGCAAAAGGGAAAGGUUGCAGGGGCUGUUUGGCCCCAGAAAACAGCUGAGAUGAGUGAUUUUUAUCUGGAUAAGAAUCCUCAGGCAGCGCCCGGAGGUCGGACGUAAGAUGGACUCCAUCAGCAGUAAGAGAGAGUCGAUUAUAGCAUGCAUGAUUCAAGGUGAUACAGCUAGUGGAGGUGUUUCCUCCAUGGGAUGACUUUUAAAACUCAUAUGUGAUUUGUUGAAUGCAUGUUUGAAUGAAGCUGGGAUUGGCUAAUUUUCUGAGAGCCAUAGCACUUUUAAGGGCUGAAUACAGGGCAUCUUUGCCCUAGGCACUACAGUCAACUCCUAAUUAUUCAUGCCGAUGGAAGGAAAGAGAGAAGGGGAUUCAAUAAAUGCAGGUGGUGAGUUUAGAAGUGUUCUGGGGAGGAUUACAAAGGAGUUGACACAACUACAAGAAGCCCCAGUGUGGUUUGAAGUGUUCAGUGAAUGACUGGUGAAUCGAACCAGCUAUAGCUCAACUCAAGCAACACACCAAGUGGGCCAAGGAAGGCUGAGUAUGUGGGGGAAGAGGAGGCUUAUCCGCUAGAGUGCCUGAGGUUGCAAAGACCCCAGUCCCUCCCGUGUCAGUUUGGAUUCAGCAAGUCUUAUGUCUUUGGCAGAAUGCCAUUGCCGUCCAAAGUCACUUCUGUGGUGUCAUCGAAUGAACGUUAAAACAAGUGAAGUUUUGUUUUGUGUCCUUUUGUACCAUUGCACACAGUAAUGAACGCUGAACAUGCCGUGGUCGUACCAUUUACUCAUGGUCUUUCUGGAGAGCAUCACUUAGUAAGUGGAUUUGGAAGUUCAGUUCUUUGGCCUUUUAUGAAGAAGUUUUUAACGUUGCUCAGUUUGAUUCCACUAGUGGAAUGCGAUGUAGAAGAUUUUAGAUUUUCCUUUGAUCAAAAUUCUAACAGAGAGGGAAAAUGGCUAUGGAAUCUGCCCUUUUGGAUUGUUGGGGGGAACAGCAGGAUAAAACCAACUCUGCAGUGCGCCGCAAGACUGGAUGGAGUUAGGACGCUUCCCCCGAAAACUCCCAUCACCUCUUUCUUCAUCCUUAACUGUUCUCAACGUGUGUGACCAAGCCAUAGAAAUAAUUGGGAUUUUCUCCCUGGUGUCUCCUUUCUUCUUCUGUUCCUCAAAUCUCUGACAUGUCAAAAAUGCCUUAAAGUUUAAUGAACUAUCUCCCCGUGGAGUUGAUGAGGGGAAGUUUCUGUUUAUUUUUGAUUUGUGAUAAAAUAGCAUUUUGUCCGUGCAGAGCUGGCUUCGCUCAGAUGAGUCCAUCUUAUGAUUCUAAACGAUCAUCAUUUUAUUCCACGUUAUCCCGAGCCCUGGACAGUUUCAGUUGGCUCAGGAUUCUGAGAAAAGUUUGCCAACUGAUUCUGGCUUUAAAAAUUCUUCUGUUUUUCAUCCCAGUUUCUGUUUUGGCUUCCAUAGUGCAGUGGAAUGUUGAAGGGCACAAACAAAUUAGGGAAUUAUAUGGUAGCUUUUAAAUUGAUCUUGGGUAUUGUUUUUCUUUUUUGUGGCGUAUGUUUUGCAAGUGGUAAAGAAAGAAGGUUAUACAUCGGUUUUCAUAAAUGGGCACAGUUUUGAAGCCUUAAAUACUUUCGUUAAGCCAAGUGGCGUCUGUAACAUCUAGUGCUCUGCCAAAAUGUAUUUAAAAUAAUCUUCCACUAGAUGAAAGAUCGUCUUGUACAGAUAAAUUAUUUUAUGCCUUCAAUGAUGUGGAGCAGUUUGUGUUUAGAUGAUUAAAUGGAUCACAUUUUAUCACUGCAUUUGCAUUUUUAUUUAUUAGCAAUCAAGUCCCUUCCAGAAUUAAAUACAUUUCAUCACA